AUGACCGGCGAGCCAUUGCAACCCUUGGGGCUUGACGCACCACGGGUUUCCGAAGUACAGUACUUGCUGAUGGACCGUCGCAUUCGUGAUUUUGAGAUUAUUUGGGCAAUGGGCGCUACCAAGUGGGCAUGCGUUUAUGGUUGGUUGGAUGGGAAGUACAACGGCAGCACGGAAAUUUCCGGACCAAUUUCUGUCUUGCAAUUCGCCAGCCCGGUCUUUGCCGUCCUUAGACAUGUCCCAGCGACAGUUGGACGAGGCCUUGUACGGACUUCUCGCAAGCGACUAGCCUCUACCACCUCUACCUCCAAUGCUUCAUCUGGUUCCAAACCAGCAAAAGUCGUUCGCAGGAUUUUAUUAUAUACAGUGGCAACGACUGGCACGUUCUACAUUGGCAGCGCAUUCGUUUCAUUCGAAAACCAACAGUACCGUGAGCUGUUCACCGAAAACCUUCCUUUGGGGAAGGAACUCGUCGAGUAUGGCGAGGCACACAAGUGGGAUGAGAUUACCGUUGAACAGGUUGUGGUAGCUACCGUAGACGCCUACAAGACCGUCUACAACUUCGUACAACCGCAGCUGGGUAACGCGCCGACAGAGGCAACAAUUGAAAAGACGGCCAAGUCAGCACUCCAGGAGUCCAAAGAACGCGUAAAGUCUGCCGCUGCAUCCCUCAAGACUGUCGUAAAAAAGGUGGAGGAAGAGACAUUCGCUGACGAGUUGGACGAGUUGAUCCGCAGAGCAGAGGCAUCCCUUGCUGGGAAGCCCGUUGACUCUCUUCAUGAGGCGACAACCACACCGGCUCAGCCCGGGUCCUCUGCAGAUACUAUCUCACCACGCGAUGACACCGACCUUAUAAUUGUAUCGGACAAGAAUCCUGAUAAUGUCAUUGUUUAUGCUGCACCGCUUCCUAUCGGCUUCGAGCCCCCACCCGGUUAUGAGCGCCCCGUACCCCCAAAGCCUGCCCCGAAGGCCGAUGCGGAGCCCACUCCUGUGCCCCUGCCUCUUGUCGCUCCAGCCGUGUCUGAAGUUGCCGUAUCUGAACCCGUGAUUACACAGCUCGCAUCCACGAUUGACAACCUCGCCUCUUUCCUUGCCUCCAACCCUGCUGCUUCCGAAAAGGCCAAAGAUGUUCUUGAGGUUGCCAAAGGUGACCUCACUGGCCUCGCUGCACGUAUAGAGAAGAUCAAGGAGGAUGAGAAGCUGCAGCUAGAGAUGAAGCUCGACGAACAAGCGCGGGAGUAUACCACAAAGCUUCUCGAACUCGAACUCGAGGCACAGGAUAAACUGGAUUCGCAACAAGACGGCUUCAGGAAAUUUUACGAUGAGGAGCGUGGUAGGUUCGCGCAGGUUUACCGCGAGAAAUUGGAGCAGGAAUUGCGCACUCAGACAGAACUUAUCAACGAGCGGUUGAAGGAGGAAGUGAUCGCACAGGGCAUAGAGAUGCAAAGGCGAUGGAUUCGCGAGGUCAAAGUCCGCGUCGAACAAGAACGCGGUGGUCGUCUCGCCAAGCUUGACGAGCUCGCGACGAGUCUCAAACGACUUGAACGUCUCGCACUCGAUAAUUCUUCCUAUCUUGAUGAGAAUAUUCGCGUGCACAGCAUGUGGACUGCCAUACGUGCUAUGCAGAGCGCUGUCGACGCGUCUAUACGCAAGCCAUUCCGUGAAGAGCUCCGUGUGCUCCGACACAUCGCAGUCGCCAAGGAAGACGUAAUCAUCGCUGCAGCAUUGGAUUCCCUCGAACAAAGCGACGUGCCUGACAUUGGCGUUGAGCCGUUUGCAGACCUUGCAUCAUGGUUUAGCACCUCUGUUCGGCCACGCGUCUCGAGCGUUGCUUUGGUCCCCGAUCGGGAUGCAGCGGCAUGGACUCGUCCUGGGUCGGACGUGCUGAGUGUAUUAUCGAGAGCGGAAUAUUACAUGAAUGAGAAGGAUCUCGAUAGCGCUGCAAGAGAGUUGAAUCAAGUAAAAGGAACUGCAAGAGAGCUGCUUCAUGAUUGGCUGGAAGCUGCACGAAGACGGCUGGAGGUUCUGCAGGCUCUUGAGGUGAUACAAUCACAAGCAACACUCGCAUCGCUGCUCGUCGUAUAG